AACAACAGUGAAGAUACUCGUCCUUAGCAAGGUUUACUCAUUUGGAAAACAGCGCCCCUGCCGCCAGUGCCUCGCCAUGAGAGGAUCCGCCGUCGUGGUGGCCGCCCUGGUCACGCUGCAGCUCGCCUCCUGCGCGGCUCUCUACCCUGGUUCGUUCUAUCAGAUGAUGCUGCGGCUCAACAAGGGCCACAGGAACCUGGUCAAGAACGCCCGCACGGUGUCCUCGCCGAACCAGCUGUGGGCGAUCCUCGACCCGCCCGCGGCCCUUGGCUCCCUCUGGAAUGAGCCGUUGAACUCGAACCGCAUCGUCAGGAGCGCCGAGUUCAAUGAGAUCGAGGGCCGUCAGCUUGAUGACGAGCCUGACGUGAGCACGGACGCCCCGGCCGAGGCUGACACGGAGGCGCCGGAAGAAGCCACGGAGGCGCCAGUGGUGUGCGGAGGUGAGCUCUCGACGCUUCUCGAGACCGGCGAGGUAAGAGAGGACAAACUGCUCAUUAACACGACUGUGGAGACUCCCGGCUACGACGGUGAGGGCUACCCGGGAGACAUCGAGUGCAUCUGGAACGUCAACGUUGAGAGCGGCUGUGCGAUGGGGUUCAUGAUGUGGAGGAUUGAUUCCGGCUACAUCCGCCCGACCAGGGGCUGCUCGCAGGACUUCGUGGAGAUGGGCUUUGACGGAACCUACACCGAAAAGAACUGCGGGACUAUAAAUGGCAAAACAGGCGCGAAGCUUUGGAGUAGCCCUCUAAUUCCCGAACGCUCUCUGAACAUUCGCUUUUUGGCCGGAACGCGCGACGAAAAUGCAGGUGGAGGAAAAGGCAUCAGGAUUUACAUCACCGGUUUCUGCAGUACUUAUUCCGAUGAGUAUGUGGCAGCAGCGGAAGCAACGGCAGAGACGGCGACGGAGGCGGUGGCGGAGGAUGCCACGCAGAGGAGUGAUCUGGACUUGGACUACAACGAAGACGCAGUCGAGGAAGAGGUGUUCUAGUUCGUUCAAGAGAUGAUCGACCCUUUCGCUUUCGUUGUCCAUCCUUGUCAAGAGAAAAAGAACUCGAGUCUGUCGAUACAUUGCGAAAAAAGGCAAACAGGCAAUUGUGAUUUAGUGUGAUUUUUUUUACAGAUAUAAUGUUCACAAACCAGAUGGAACAGCAGGCGGAGAUAUAUAACAAAGCUUGUCUGUAUCAUUUCCUAUAAAUUGGCCAAACUGCUGUACGCUUCCGAUGUGGAUAGCGUACCGUAUAUGGACGAAUAUCGUGAUAGGUUAUAAUAGCGUUAAUCAUCUGGAACAUAAUUAGAUUAUCAUACCAUAUCAUAUACUCGUUGGCAUUAACUAGUACCUGACCCUUAUAACCUUCAGCAAUAUACUGUAUAGGUGUUAUCAAGUCUGUAAUAUAUGGUUGUUCGAGUCACUUGAGAUAUUUACUUCUUCAGAUAUUCUAAAAAUAUGCAAUAUAUAUAUGCAAUAUACACACAAAGGUACAUAUAUAUACUAGAACACACACACACACACACACACACACACAUACACACACACACACACACACACACACAUACACACACACACACACACACACACACCAGGCCUAAUUUCACGAUUUUACUGAUCGCUCUCUUGCUGACUCCAUUAUCUUGUAUUACAGUUUGGGAGGAAGGAAUGUACUUAGAUGAAAGGGUACAUUUCAGGAAUGUAUGUUAUUUCUGAUACUAACAUGGUUCUCAGUAGUUUUAGCAUAUGCUUUGAUUCAGUAUGUAGCAACUUGACUGAAUAAACUGUACUUAAAACUAUAGUAAUUUUUAGUUUAUAAUAAAUAUGUGUUAUAAA